CUGCUCCUCCUCCGGGUCACCGCAUGGACGAGCAGAGCAGCAGCACAACAACGUGGUUUGGGUGAAUUUUUUUAACUCGUUCACUUUUAUCGUAAUGUAUAUUUAAAGCUUUAUUUACUUUAUUAUCAAAAUGACGGAAACGAAGGCAGAGGAGUCUCCAAAACAGCUGCUCGCGCUAAAUCCUGAACAAGAAUCCGAGUUUAAAAGGAAAGUCCAGGAAGCGAAGAAGAGCAAAUCAAGCAAGGGUUCUGCAUUCAGCCCUGGAGUUAUUUAUGUGGGGCAUCUGCCUGUGGGUUUGUUUGAGCCGCAAUUGAAAGCUUACUUUGAACAGUUUGGCAAAGUCCGGCGGCUGCGUCUCUCCAGGAGUAAAAGGACAGGUGGAAGUAAAGGUUAUGCGUUUGUGGAGUUUGACUGUGAUGAAGUCGCCAAGAUUGUUGCCGAGACGAUGAACAAUUACCUCAUGGGAGAGAGGCUCAUUAAAUGUCAUGUGGUUGAGCCAGAGAAGGUGCACGAGAAGCUGUUUGUUGGCUCCGAGAGAGUGUUCAGUAAACCCUCCCGUCCAGCGGUGGCGCGCUACAACAAAUCUCGCACUCAAGAAGACAUCGACAAAAUGACCAAGAAACUCCUGCGUAAAGAGGCCAAACUCCGCAAACGCCUGGCAGCGCACGGCAUCGACUACGAGUUUCCAGGAUUUGCUGCUCAAGUCCCCAAGAAGAAGUCAGAUGCCAACACAUCGUCCCUGAGUGAUGACACGACCCCCCUCUGUACCCCGUCACUGCUGGAGAGGAGAAAGUCCAUGGUGGUGGAUGAUGAAGAGGACGACGAGAUAAUCGUGAAGAUGCCGCCGAAGUACGAGGAAGAGGAGGGCUCAUCAGAAGAAGAGGAGGAAGAGGAGGAGGAGGAAGAGGAGGAAAAAGACAAAGAGGAGGAUGAAGAGGGAGAGUGAACGCUUUCAGAUGGAGCAUGGACCUUACAUUGAACUGUCAGGCCCUAGAUAAUGUUUGGUCUGAAAGUGACAGCAGUGGGACUGCUUCUUGUGUUUUGAAUCCGCACGUGUCGAUUCAAAAGGGACACAAUAUUUAAUACAUGUGGAUAUUUUUCAGUCUUUGAGCUUCUUCGUUCACAAUGAACUUUGUAAAAUUACACUCAGACCAUAUCCACAAACUUAAAUAAGUAAACAUUCGUUCUAAUCAA